AUCAGACAAGGAUGAAGAAGUCAAUAAAGGAGAUAGAAUGAAGCCCACGGAAUUCAUUCCAUUCAGAAGUCUGCCUCUGAAGAUUUCACAGAGAAAUCUGGAUUCAGACAGUGCUGAGCCUUCCGCAAAUCUUGGCCAGCCUUCCAAUAUUCCGGAUAUCUCAAACGGCGACAAUUCCGGAAAUGGCGACCCAGUGCCAAUCCAUCUGGAAACACCAACAACUUCUGUUCUUCAACCAGAAGCUGAACUAGAUCAACCAGUCAAUCCCAAUCAACACAAUCUUCGUUGGUUAUGGGAUCAUCCUCCUCAACAGAUCAUUGGAGAUAUUCAAUCUGGCGGUCAAAGAAAGCGUUCCCGCACUGGCAAGAACGUUGCCUCCUCCUCGGCUCCUCCACCACCGGCGCACAAGUGCCUUGACGGGUCGUUUCUUUGGUUCAACGACCGCGAAGAGACUACAAGGUUCUCAGAGAAGUUUGAGCAUCGGGAAAUUCUCCCUCCCCGAUUCUCCACCGCCCGCUUCAUUCAUGACUCCAUUCCACGCGAAGCACGGGUUAUCCUUGAACGUGGAAACUUCCUUGAUCUCCUCUACAUCAAGAAGGUCAAUUAUCAACCUUUUCUUGUUCGAGCUUUCUAUUCGAACCUGAAAAAGGAUGAGGACGGAUCAUUGAUUUCAAACGUCAACGGGGUGGACAUUUAUUUGAAUGAAGAGAACAUUCAAAUCCUCACCGGGCUUCGUCGGGACGGACAGGAUCUCGGGCUCUACACCGGGGAAGAGGGGGCGCGGUUCAAUGAGACCGCUCUCUUGGAGGAAGUGGGCAUCCGUCACUUCGUACCCACUCCCCAACAGCGGCGCCCUACGAUUUCUUCCAUGAGUCCCGUGUAUCGUUUCAUCUUCUACGUGUUGACACGGAUCCUCAAGCCCAGGAAGUUCAACCACACCAAUCUCUCCCAAGAAGACACGAAGACGAUCCAUGCGAUGAUUCACAACGCCAAUCUCAAUUGGUGUAAAUUUGUGAUGACUCACAUGUUCACGGCCACCUCCGACAAUCGGCCGCUCCCCUAUGCCCUCCUUGUCAUGGCAAUUCUUGAAGAAUACAACAUCAAAACCGAUGUUGGGCCAAAGGUAAAGGGGACAAAGCACUGGGAGAUUGAUGAGUCUUCUUUCCACUCGGGCACCGACGAGACUCCGUUUCGACAGCCUCGUCCACGCCGCCAACCGAGAGCCACUGCCUCAGCCGCCACCACAUCGACCAAUCCUUCUCUCGCCGAGCAAAUGGCAGCCUUAACCGCCACUCUCUCUCGGAUUGACACCAACGUCUCCAAAACGGCGCACAACGUCAAUACCUUGAGCCGUGAACUUCACGGGUAUUUUGACUUUGUCAAUUACCCGAUGAGGAAAUGGCCUGACAUCGCUAUUGCUGGGUCAACAGCGUUGUCUAAAAAAUUUCUGCCAAAGGCAUUUCUUUUUGGCUUAGGUUGGAUAUCGAUGUUGAGAGACAGCAUGCCACCAGUCUUUCUUCUGACUGGCCAUGAGGUAUUGGAUCUUGAUUGUAUCUCUUUGUACUUGGCCUUGCACUUGGUUAAAGGACUGCUGUGCAUGGGGUUUGAAGGAACCUGAACCUGAUCUCUGUUGAUUGUUAGUGGAUAUGCCUUGAGGAAUACUCUAUCUCCCCAAGGCUACCCUUUGACCAAUGCUGCCAUUACCUAGUCUCAUUUGCAUGAGUAAGGGUCUGUGUUUUAAAUGGUUUGAUAUGGUCACUUCGAGUGCCUUGGGGAGACAAUGAGGAAUACUCUUUGCUCUGAAUAGAAAAAUAUCUCUGGACUGUUGUGUGCGCUGAUGUGUGUUGAACUGUCAUAUUGAUGCCUGCUUUGAAUUGAGGAUGCUUGCUGUCAAACAACACUACUGCCCUGCGGACUAGGAUUGCUGAUG